AUGUCUGUGAGGUUUAGUGACUUCAGGAAGUUCCAAGAACCACUUCGCUUGUUGGAAAAUCCAUGGACAAUAAUAACAGCAAAUGUAGCUUAUCUUUCUAGUUUUAGAUACGAAGCUAGGGAUUUGAAAAAAGAGUUAAUUGAUCUUCAGCAUGAUACAGAGCUCAAAAGUAUUUUUGAAGAAAAAAAGGAGGAAAAAACUCACUAUAAGUUUUGGGAAGCAGUUGAAAAUGGCAAAUUUCCUAACUUAAUUGACGGUGCUCAGAAGAUUUUGUGUAUUUUUGCAUCUACAUAUGUCUGUGCAUCUACAUUCAGUAAGCUGAACUUCAUAAAAAAUAAGUACAGAUCUAGGCUAACUAGUGAGAACGUUGAAAACAUUUUGAAAAUUUCAGUUUCUUAA